GAACGCCUUGGCUUGAUUCUACCACCUUCAACUCCUCGUUCAUCAAACCAAACUUCCUUUAGCUCUUCCGUAUCACCUGUCACAAAAUAUAGUUAUGGCCGCGUACUUUUUUGCGUCCCCUAUCGACGUGGAUAUCAGGCUGGACGGCGAAGAUACGAGAAAACACGUAGAGAUUAAGGGAGAGAAGGACAAAGUCAUAUCAUGUCCUAUUUACUAUGACGGCGACUCUGUUGGCGGCCAGGUAGCCAUCCGGGUUCGUGACGGCAAGAAGAUAUCUCAUGACGGCGUCAAGGUUGAAUUCGUUGGCAGUAUCGAGUUAUUCUAUGACCGUGGACAUCACCAAGAAUUUCUGUCCCUCUCACAAGAACUUGCUGCGCCUGGCGAAAUGAGACAAGCGCAGACGUUUGACUUCAAUUUCAAGAACGUAGAGAAGCAGUUUGAGAGCUAUCAGGGUAUUAAUGUGAAGCUGCGCUACUUCAUCCGCGUGUCGAUUUCGCGACGAAUGGCGGACGUGACCAAGGAGCGAGACUUAUGGGUGCAUUCGUUCCGCAUGCCUCCCGACAGCAAUAACUCGAUAAGGAUGGAAGUCGGGAUUGAGGAUUGUCUGCACAUUGAGUUUGAGUAUAAUAAAUCAAAAUACCACCUCAAGGACGUCAUCGUCGGGAAAAUCUACUUCCUUCUAGUACGGAUUAAGAUCAAACAUAUGGAGCUUUCUAUUAUUCGACGGGAAACGACGGGCUCGCCGCCAAAUCAGUAUAACGAGAGCGAAACCAUCACAAAGUAUGAAAUAAUGGACGGAGCGCCUGUCCGAGGGGAAACUAUUCCUAUUCGGCUAUUCCUAGGCGGCUUUGAACUGACACCAACCUUCCGUGACGUGAACAAGAAGUUCAGUACACGCUACUACCUCAAUCUCGUUCUCAUCGACGAAGAAAAUCGUCGAUACUUCAAACAACAGGAAAUCACUAUUUUCAGAAUACCGGAUAAUUAAUCUAACUGUACUAUACCUUUGUACCUUUGUCAAUAUUUUUUAUGUAUUCUAUUUGUGGACGCGAGAAUAAUUACUGUCGGUCGUGCACCGUUACCGACGGUAAUGCAAUGACAUAUCUUCCAUGUUGUCUUUUAUGUCUGCUGGUGAACUUAGGCAGAAACUGGGCAUAGUUCCACCUUCAGAUUUUGUAUUAUUUAUUCGAGUAGAAGCUUCCGAUAAUCUGUUGGCGAG